AUGGAUAGCCAAUAGUAAUAAACUUAAUAAGGAGUCAAUUCGAACUUGCAGUAAGUUAAUAUACAAAAAGGCAGGGAUCCUUUAGGAGUUAUGAAGACAAAGCCAUCUUAAAAUGACCAGUUUGUCAUCAACAAGAAUACAAAUAAUGUCAUCUUAUCUGGCGAUAGAUCAUCUAACUAAAGAAGAAUUAUUAGCUUUAACUCGGCAAGAUCUUCCGAAGCUCCAUAAAAUUAGUUUUAACAAAAUUUAUAGCAAAAUUAAUAGCAAAGUUAGGAGUCUUUGAUUCGUAGAGAGUCACCUCCUUAAUAAACUAAUAAAUAAAACUCACAUAAGGAUAAUUUCUCUCCUAUUAAAAAGAACCCUGACCCUGCUAUUGCAAUAUUCUCAAAUUAUUCAACUUAAAAUCCCUUUAAAGAGCAUGAUAAAUUUGAUGAUAUAAAUAAAAACAGAUAGAGCACAUAAAAUUAAAAUAACAACAAUUCAAGCAAUAGCAGCAGCUAAAAUAUAUCAAAUGACUGGAUUGAUAUUAGGAAAGAUAAUUAAAGCCAAACAUUUGAAAAAGGUUAAGUUAAAGUAGUAAAUUUAAAAGGGAAGGAUCCUCAUAUUAUUGCAUAAGAAUAGGAAAUUAUGUUUAAUUCUCUAAAAAAUAUGAAAGUAGAUCGCGAUUUUAUUUUAAAGGGUGAGGAAUUGAAAGCGUUUUCAGAAACUUUUCUCAAGUUUGGUUAGUAUAUGGUUGAAGGCAAAUUAAUUCUAACAAACUACAAAUUAAUAUUUGUGCCAAAUGAUGAAGGUAGAUUAUUCUAAUUUAUUGAUAGAAAAGAUUUUCAGUUGAUACCAUUAGGGUUCAUUCAUAAGCUAGAAAGAAGUGUAGAAAAGAAGGGUUUAUAGUAUUCUUAUAUUGAUAUAACAUGUAAAGAUGGCAGAAAUUAUAGGUUUAGAUACUAGCCAGAGUGCUAAAACUAAUCAUUUGAAAUGUAAAUCAAAAUACAUGCAACUGCAUUUCCUGAGGAUGUAAGGAGACUCUUUUCCUAUUCUUAUAGCAUCUAUGACAGAUAAUUAGAAGAUUAAUUUUAAGGAUGGUAACUAUUAGACAUCAAAGCUGAAUUUGAAAGACAAGGUGUUAUUAUUUAACCAGUCGAAUUUGAUAAAAGCCAAACAGAUAAGGAUUAUGCAUCAAGUCCUUUCAAGUAUAUGGACAAUAGCACAGGUGGAGUUUGCUCAACUUAUCCCCCUUUGAUAGUUGUUCCUAGCAAGUUGUCUAAUGAUGAUGUUAUAAAAUGCUCGAAAUUUCGUUCAAGAGAAAGAUUACCAGCACUUUCAUUUGCUUUUAAAAGGAGACCAAAUUCUAGCUAUACAACUUUAUGGAGAUGUGCUCAAUGUAAGCCUGGUAUUAACUCUAAUAGAUCUAUUGAAGAUGAGACAUUCAUAAAAGUUAUCGGAUGUCUUGAAAAAAACUCUAAUAUUCCUAAGGUAGUAAAAAUAUACGAUGCCAGACCAUAUCUUAAUGCUGUUGGCCAACAAAUUACAGGUAAAGGUUAUGAGCAGAAAUAGUAUUAUAGGAAUGGUGAUAUCGAAUUUUUAGAUAUUCAUAAUAUUCACAAAGUACGUGAGUCUUACAAAAAAAUGGCUGCUGCAGCUUAUGCUGGUACAAACGAAUUCUUAAAAGAAGUCGAUAAAAGUGAUUGGUUUAUUCAUAUAAGUACAAUUAUGGAAGGUACUCGUAAAGUUGUUAGUUCGUUAACAGAUGAAGUAAAUGUAGUGAUUCACUGCAGUGAUGGAUGGGAUAGAACAUCUCAGCUCAUUUGCUUAGCAUAAAUGUGUAUAGAUCCUUACUUUCGUACUAUUGAAGGUUUUGAAGUACUCAUAGAAAAAGAUUGGGUAUAAUUUGGCCAUCAAUUCUGUUUGCGUUCAGGGCAUGCUUCAAAAAAUUGCAAUGACGACCAAAGAGCUCCUAUAUUUAUUUAAUUUUUAGAUUGUGUUUAUUAAUUAACCUUGUAAUACCCUCUUUCUUUUGAGUUUAAUUCUAAGUUUUUAAGUGAAAUAGCACAUCAUUACUUGAGCUGCAGGUUCGGUACUUUCUUAUACAACAGCUACCAAGAACAAGUUGCUUACAAUGCAAGAUCUUAAACUAUUUCUUUAUGGAGCUACUUAAACAGUUAAAGAGUAACAUUUGAAAAUCCCUUUUAUUUGUCAGUUCAUGAUACCAACUUAUCUAUAAUCUUCCCUGAUAGCCAUACAAGAAGAUUUUCAGUUUGGAGAGAUCAUUUCAUGAUUUAUUAACCUGGUUUUUGUGAUGCCUACAAAAUUUACACCGAAUGCAACUUUUCAGAGGAUAAUAUGUACGUAUUGAAGAGAUCUUCUUAAAUGAGAUAUGAAUAAUUUAGAGAAGAAAACAAACUACUUCAUAAAAAGAUAGAAGAGUUAGAAGCUUAACUCAAAGCUUUAAACCACAAUGAAGAGGAAGAUAAGUUCUUAAAUAAUAAUAAUAAUAAUAAAAACUAAGAAAAGUAAACCACCGAAGAGAUUUUAUCAAAUAGAAAAAAAACAGAAGCAAAAUUAAAUUCUAACCCUUUGAUGUAAGCUAAUUUUGGUGCAAAAAAAAAUACAAGCGAAGCUGUUAAUGAAAUCACAGAAAAAGAAAUUUAAUAAAACGAGAAUAUAGAAAAUCAAAAUAUCUUGAUCCCUCAAGUAAGUGAUAUCUAAUUAACAGAAAAGCAAGAAGAAUUUGUUUCUAACUAAGAAUUAGAUAAAGCAUAUAUUGAAGAGUUAGGAUAGGAAAAAGGAGAGGAUUUUGGAAGUUUAAAUUAGGAUGAAAUAGAUCGCUAAAGUAAUUUACAAUCAAACUCCAAAAUAGUUACAGAUACAGAUAAAAAUGAAGCUUCUUAAUUAGAUUAAUAACAAUAAGAAAAUAUACUAUAAGAAAUACUUGAAGAAGAAGAAUAACUAAAACACAAUUAAGAAGAUGUAAAUAAUGUGAUAACUUUAGAUGACGAUUGA